AUGAGCACGAUCUUGCAGGACUGGAUAGACCUGCUUAAUGCAGAGCAGUAUGUACAAGGGGACAAACUGCGGGAAAACUCGCGGCAUGGCGUAGCCGCACCCAUCAGAGGUGAAGUCUGGCUGUACCUGCUCAAUGUGCUUUCAGAGGACAAGACAUCGGAAAUCACCUCUCUGAUGUCCCUCAAUACCAGCUAUCAGUCGCUACCAUCCUCAAUCCCACCUCAUCUCACAUCCCUCUUGACCCAGGCGGCACUCGCCCACCACACCAAACGUUUCCGCAACGAGACCUACGCAGAUCUUAUCACUGCGAUCACAGCCGAGCCACCCGUUGCCAAAGAUCCUCGCAUCAUGUCUCGCGCGGGUAUCUUGGGCACCGUCAAGCCCGCAGCUGAUGGACGGUCUUCACGCGCGUCGCCUAAGAUUGGGUCAGAGCACCACACCAUGCCCCCACCUCCUGUGUCACUGCUCCCACAUCCGUCGGCUGAGGAACCGGAGGCUCUGAGUACGAUUCGCUCCCAACUAUCACGGAUUUUACCCAAGCCUCCUAGCGCUCCUCCCUCCAGGCAUGGGUUCCUGUCGUUAUUGGAAGAGGUUUUGGGCAAGUUUUGGAAUGCGGAGAACAUGAACGGGAGGGACGAUUCUUAUAGGAGGGACGAGGCUGGGGAGUACGAGGGAAGCGAGAAGGAUUGGGUGUAUCUCGCGACACCUUUUGCUUGCUGCUUAUCAAAGCCUGUGGGCGUUUUUCUGGGGUUCAGGGCUCUUAUGGACCGGCUCAGGAACUUUCCUCCACUGCCUAUCCGGCUAGCCUCCUUCCUGACAUUGUUCCGACAAGCUCUACCUGAAAUGCAUGCCUACUGCGAGGAUGAGCAGGUACCUUAUGUCCAGGUGGCAUUGAGCUGGAUGACGACCCUGUUGGCGAAGGAGAUGUGGCUGGGCGAUGUUUUGAGGCUGUGGGAUACCUAUCUCGCGGCUGACGACAUGUUUGAACUGCAUUGUUAUGUUUGUGUUUCCAUCUUGUCGACAUGCAAGGAGACUUUGGAAGAGCUGGACGGUUCAGAGGCAAGGCUUGUCUUACUAGACCUUCCCCCGUUAGACGUUGACAGAUUAUUGCAGGACGCCGCCAAUCUCCGAGUAGCCUUUCCACUACCACGUCCGGUGCAAGAAGACUGGUAA